GAAAUCCGUACCACUCUUAUUGAGCCUGACCUUGCCGCCUGACCUGCCUGCUUAACGCUAUUUUCAAAUUUCUCGCAGCCAAAGUCAACUAAGUCAAGUUUUUUUAUUAAAGUGUCACUUGUUUUGACAUUUACACAACUUAAAGUGACAUUUGUGCCGACUGUCAAAUUUUCCACAAAAAUAAACAAAUAAAAUUUGAGCGCUCUAACAUCUCAUUUGACAAUACACUCUUGCAGAGCAAUACAUAUUGACGAGCGCAUAGCUAUUAGGUUGACGCACUUGCCACUCUCAACCAACCCUGUGCAAUAUGCGGCUCUUCCGGCGUCUGCACACAACCAACAUUAUAAGCGCCUUGGUCGUCGGUCGCACGCACAUAAUCUGACAUUAUAAACAUAAUAAUUUGACAGCUGCCGAGAUUUGUCUGCUUUGUUUAUCUGUCAAUGCUUGGGCAACGCAUAUGCGCGCUCUGCCAUGUGCUACGCACACGCGCUCAUUUGGCAAAUUUUUGGCUCUCACGAAAAUCAUUUGACUUGACAAUCUGCUCCAAAUUCACUUGGCGCCGGUUAUUUGCGCUCCGCUCGAAAACACGAACCGUGAUUUAUGCGCCCAAUUCGCACUAGCACUUGCUGGUGCCUCAACAAUGUCUGAUAAGUGCUUUACGAGUAUAUAUGUUUGCUGAUUAGUUGUGUUUUUGUUUUUGGUGGAUAGUGCCUAACGUUCUCCCUCUUUAGCGCGCGCUCAAUUCUUGGUUUAUUGCUGUGGGUUGCGCGCUAUCGUCACCUUGCGCUGGGCGCUCGUCAAUUGGCGCUAUGUCUGAGCGUCGUACACAGUUUAAUGGCGUGCUCAUUGUAUGCUCUCCACACAACACUCCUGCCUCGUACGCACCCUCUAGACGCAGCAGCCACCCAACCAACCUGCCAGCCGGCCUUGCCAUCGUCGCGUAAUCAGCAAACGUCGCCAGCUUAGCUGUCGCUCGGCAAUUUUGCUGCCUCUUUGUUAUUUUUGUUGACGUUGCUGUGUUACUGAAAUCGUCAGACCACUUCGUUCGGCUGCUCUUUGCUGCUUUUGGUUCAUUUCAUUUAUUUCAUCUCCGCAACUGUGUGUCUACAGCGCAGUGCCGUAUUAAUGCUUCAAAACAACGUGUGCUCAUACGCUCGCGCUCUCUUUAAGCACAUGCUGCUCAACGCAGUUUAGGCUGGCGCUCUGCUCACAGCAUAUUCAUUUUCAUGAUUUCUUGCUUAACGUUACACUCACCUCUCUGCCGCUGCUGCUGCUAUUGCUGCUCACGGGCGCCUUUUGGUGUUUAUGUGUGCGUGUGUUUGUGUAGAAUUUUUGUGCAGUUUUUCUCGCCAGCAACGACAUCGUCUUCAUCGGUUUUCAUAACUUCGUGCGGUUCGUGAUUUUCAACGUCUCGAGUUCUCGAUGUCGAUGUCGCCGCGACGACAGCAAUGAGACAUAUACAUUUUUUUCAGCCAUUUAACAUUUUAAGCAAAGUAUUUAGGUGUUUUUAAAUAAUACACACGUUGCUUGCAAAUCAAAAAAUAUAUACGCGUACAUAAUUCAAGUGGACGGUGGUGAAAAGUGUCGUUGAUACGCGUGCGUGUGCCGUUGGACGAACCACAACGAGAAAAAAGCCAAACGCUGUGCAGCUGAAAGGUGGAAAAAAUAUUUAUUGAAAAAAAUUAAAAUGCUCGAACGGCAAAUCUGUCAUUUCCAUUGAGUGAGGCGGUCAGUGCGGUGCAGUGUCGGGCCGUAUGUAUUACACAUUGCUGCAUAGUGAGUAGGUCACAGCAGCGCCAAGCUAAUCAGGCAGGCAAAAAAACAAAAUACAGUGUCACUGCUUGAAGAAAAGUGUGACAGCGUGAAAAAAUAACAUAUACUGCUUUAAAAUAAAUUACAAAGCUAAAACGUCACCAGCACAGCAGCUGUGGCGUGAUGCCACUCGCGCACCAAAUGGCAGUGGCGGUAAAUUAUCAAAAGCUAUAAAAUAGAAUUCUUGCAAUAAUAAAAAAGCCAACUCAAUCGCGCCGAAAACAAUAGCAGUGACCGCGCACCGUGCAUGCAGCAGACGCUGGUGCGGGUAGAACAGCAAGAAAAAAGCGAAGAAAAAAACAGAAAUCAAAAGGCGCAUAAGGCAAAGCAACAGUGCAGUCAGUAGCAGUGCAGCUGUGCUCGCACAUAUUUGCAUUAGUCGUGUGUGUGUGUUCGCGUGUGUUUAACUGUGCACGAGCACAUCACAACAAUUGCAGCCUUACUUAAGUGAAUUAAAAGUGAGAAAGCAAAAAAAAAAAAUAUAAUCGGCACAAACAUAGCAACAACAAAAAGAAACAUAAGGCAGUUAAUGCACUGCCGCUGACAUUUCGGACUAUCAGUGAGACUGGCUGGCGCUAUUGCAGUGCGCCGGCCAAGCAGUUAACUGCAACAACGCGUGGAGUUGCUUACGAAAAUCAAAAAUCGAAAAUCGAGUUGUGAAAAUAAUUACAAGAGUGUUAUUGAAAAGUGAAAAGUGUUGUGUGCGGGCACUGCAGUAUAGACAGCGCCUGCAGUGACGUGUUUCAUUCAUGCACGUAUGUACAUGUGUGUGCAAGCGCAUGUGCUUUCGUGCGUAUUUGCGACUUAUGCCGAGUGAACUGAAUCAAAACCUAUAGUACAACCAAAUUGACUUGAAUCAAAAUUUUAAUCACAAAAAAUACAUACAAAUCAGUGCUUAUAGUGAAACUUACGAAAAAAACGAACCAACCGAUACGAAUAAUAUACUCCCGGUAGUGAUUAGUGAUAACAAAAUGCUCCAGCGGCUAUGAUUGCCACACUAUUCAUCUUUUUUGCAUUUAUACGUGCGUUCCCCUGGCGGAGACGACGACCACGUCCACUACAACUCCCACCAGCCACACCGAACCAGGCGUUACCCCCAGCGUCAACAAACACCACCACAACAGAAUCCCACCCAACAACAAUUACAAUAGUGCCAACAACAUCAGGCGAAUACCGUGAAAAACCGCUGCCCACAACGCCACUCACAAACGGCAGCGCCGUGCCGAGCAUACAACACGCGGACGCCACCACCAGCAGCAACGGCACUUACGAUGCCGUCAGAACGAUAACAUCCGGCGAUGAGCUGGAGGAGACACCGCGACGCUCGUCCGUACUACAGACGCGCCGCAAAUCUUCGAAAUCACUCAAAUACCACGAAGUAACUUUUAGCGGCAGCGUCGGUGGCGGCGAAAGUGAUGACAAUGAGCACGAAACACCGCAGACACGACGCAGCUCCCACCACAAAGCGCACCAUCAUCACCACCACCAACAUCAGCAACAGCAACAGCGACAUCUGUUGCAGCAUCAGCAAACACUGAGCGCCAACUCGCGUCCCACCUCACCGGAUAGCCAUAGCCAUAGCUCGGCCUCACACUAUCGCUCGCUCAGCAGCGGUCGUACGCGCACGUCCACCGAUUAUGAAACUGCCAGCAGUGAGUUGUAUAACAGCGCUAGAUCGCAGUUGGACGCAACGGCUGACGCAAACGCUAGUGGCGGCGGCAUUGAUGCGGCACAUGCGUACGCUGCCAGCGGCACAAACGGUCAAUUACCCGCAGCUACCAGCAGCGCACGCAGUUUGACAGGUAGUCGUCGUUUUCCACCGCGGCGCGCCGCCACACUUGCCACCGAUACGCUGGUGGGUACGGACGAUGAGGGCGCUGUUACCGACGCACACGAUGAGGAUGGUGAAGAGGCAGGCGACGAUGAUGAUCACGAUCCAGAUUCAUAUGAUCGUGAAACGGAGGAGUUCUACAGCAAUAUACAAGAUGCUGUAUGCCCGUCGGGUACGCGCAGUAAACGUUCAUCGCUCUUCUCGCGCUCCGAUUCGUCAGCUACCACAACUUCGUCUAGUGGUGGUGGCACAUUCACGGGCGGCAAGCGACGUUCCACCGCCUCGAUUUUAUCGUCGUCAAUGUGCUCCGAUGUCAUACCGAUCGAUAGACGCAGUUCGACCGCAACCGAGUAUAGUGUACGAUCAGCGUCGGGUCAACGGCGUUCAAGCGGACGUAUACGGCGUUAUAUAUCACGCAUGACGAUCGCCGGCGCACGACGACGCACCACUGGCAGCUUCGAUGUAGAAAAUGGCCAAGGCGCUAGAUCACCGCUUGAAGGCGGCUCACCAAGCGCCGGCUUGGUACUGCAAAAUCUUCCACAACGUCGCGAAUCGUUCUUGUACCGCUCGGAUUCCGACUUUGAGAUGUCGCCAAAGUCAAUGUCACGCAACUCAAGCAUUGCAAGUGAAAGGUUUAAAGAGCAGGAGGCCUCUAUCCUGAUUGACCGAUCCCAUGGCGAGGAUCUUAUUGUGACACCAUUUGCCCAAAUUUUGGCCAGCUUACGUUCGGUGCGCAACAAUCUCUUAAGUCUGACAAAUGUACAAGCAUCCAACAAAUCCAGGCGCCCAACACAAUCGUCCAGCGUGGGACGUGCAUCCACAGCCGGCGUUCAAUUGGUCCAAGGCGAUGAAUCCUACACACGUUUGGCCACAGACACCAUCGAGGAGUUGGACUGGUGUUUGGACCAACUGGAGACCAUACAGACACAUCGCAGUGUAUCGGACAUGGCAUCGCUCAAGUUCAAGCGUAUGCUCAAUAAAGAAUUAUCACACUUCAGCGAGUCGAGCAGAUCUGGCAAUCAAAUAUCGGAGUAUAUUUGUUCCACAUUUUUGGACAAGCAACAAGAAUUGGACCUGCCAUCGAUGCGCGGCGACGACAACCCCGACCAACACAAUAUGCUUACUCAGCAUCAACGCUCCCGUUCGCCACGUGGUCCGCCAAUGUCACAGAUAUCGGGCGUGAAACGACCACUCUCCCAUACGAACUCUUUCACCGGCGAACGUCUGCCCACAUUCGGUGUGGAAACGGUGCAUGAGAAUGCGCUCGGCACACUGCUCGGCGACGUCGACACGUGGGGCAUUGACAUAUUCAAGAUUGGCGAUCUGAGCGCCAAUCGUCCGCUCACCUGUGUGGCAUACACCAUAUUUCAGAGUAGAGAACUACUGACCAGUCUUAUGAUACCACCGAAAACUUUUAUUAAUUUUAUGACUACUCUGGAGGAUCAUUAUGUUAAAGACAAUCCGUUUCACAAUUCACUGCAUGCGGCUGAUGUGACACAAAGUACAAAUGUACUGCUCAAUACACCGGCGCUGGAGGGCGUAUUCACAUCGUUGGAAGUGGGCGGAGCAUUGUUUGCUGCUUGUAUACACGAUGUUGAUCAUCCUGGUUUAACGAAUCAAUUUUUAGUUAAUUCAAGUUCCGAAUUAGCCUUAAUGUAUAAUGACGAAUCUGUUUUGGAAAAUCAUCAUUUAGCAGUUGCCUUUAAAUUAUUACAAAAUCAAGGAUGUGAUAUAUUCUGUAAUAUGCAAAAGAAACAACGCCAAACAUUAAGGAAGAUGGUUAUCGAUAUUGUCCUCUCAACAGACAUGUCAAAACACAUGAGCUUGCUGGCCGAUUUAAAGACUAUGGUCGAGACGAAAAAGGUCGCCGGCUCCGGUGUGCUAUUGCUGGACAACUACACCGAUCGCAUACAGGUGCUCGAAAAUCUGGUACAUUGUGCCGAUUUAAGUAAUCCAACCAAACCGUUGCCAUUGUACAAACGCUGGGUCAGCCUACUUAUGGAGGAGUUCUUUUUGCAGGGCGAUAAAGAACGUGAAUCGGGCAUGGACAUUAGUCCCAUGUGUGAUCGUCAUAAUGCCACAAUCGAAAAAUCGCAGGUCGGAUUUAUCGAUUAUAUUGUGCAUCCAUUGUGGGAGACAUGGGCCGAUCUGGUGCAUCCCGAUGCACAGGAUAUACUUGAUACGCUUGAAGAGAAUAGAGACUAUUAUCAGAGCAUGAUACCACCAUCACCACCACCAUCGGCGGCCGACGAUCAACCCUCCGACGAUAAGAUACGAUUUCAAGUAACACUUGAAGAGUCCGAUCAAGAGAAUCUAGCCGAACUGGAAGAGUGUGAUGAGAGUGAGCACAACAAACCGGAAGCCGCAACAGUGACGACGGCAGCGGGUGAGCACAAGCCGUCGGGGAGUGAGAAUCAAAGCCAUCACGGUGGAAUGUGACGGAGAGUAGCGGGACUAUGUAAGAAAAUCACCGAAAAGGCGCAAAAUUUUUUGCUAAUACGUUAGUAACAAACCAACUACAAGCAGCUAGUGAAAUAAAUAACUAAAAUAAAAAUGCCAAAAAAUACAAAAAAACCAAAAAAAAAAAUAAAAUAAAAU